AUGGAGGAGAUUAUUUGGUUCCACUCAGGGUUAGCUUUGGUAAAAAAAAGAGUUCCACCAUUUCCAUUUCUUCAUGUCCUGAAAGCUCAAGUCCAAGUGGUUGCUGGAACCAAUACCAUUCUUGAGUUCUUAGUUGGAGAAUCCACAUGUGCCAAGAAAGGACCAAUUCAAGCCAAACAGAUCACAGCAGCCAACUCUCCACUGAAAGCUAUUGGGCAACGUGCACUUUACAAGGUCACAAUCUGGGAGAAGAUCUGGGAGAACUUCACUCAAAUCACUGCAAAGAAAGUCAGGUAUGUUAAGCCCUCCGAGCAGUUUUAA